AUGAAUGAGCAUUCGGAAGACAAUGCUCUUCCCUUGUUAACAUCGUGUGAACAUUUAUCAACACCAUCUUCCUCUUACGAUCACGUCACAGAACUUAAUUUAUCAAAUUUACAACUGAUGCAAAUCGAUACAUUUCCAUUUGAACAAUUUCCAUAUCUUCGAUCACUUAAUUUAUCUCAUAAUCAAUUAACAUCCAUCAAUCCUGACUGGGCAAAAUCAUCGACGAAUACAAUUGAAUAUCUCAAUCUAAGUUCGAAUAAAUUACAAACACUCUUAUUUCUUCAAGAUUUCAAAUAUUUGCAAACAUUAGAUAUCACUGAUAAUCUACUCGGAAAACAUGAACGAUUUUUGGUAUUAGAUAUUUGUCCAGCUCUUCAACAUAUCAUCGAUUUUAAUGAGGAACAAAUCCAUCAUGAUCAAGUGAAAUUCAAUCAUUUAUUGACGAUUAUUGAAUCUGGUCCCUUCACCAUUGAUUUGCAUAAUUUUCGACAGAGAAUGAUUGAUCGCAUCGAACAAGAGGACAUUUAUUCCGAAUUUUCUCGAUCACCUCUAGGAAACUAUAUCAUAGACAAAAGAUUCACUAAACUUUCCCUACAAAUGGAAACAUCAUUAACUAAUGAAUUCAAUUUUUCGUUGAAAAUCUCUGCUGAUUCCAAAGAUCUCUUUCAACCCAUUAAGUUACUUCGCGCACAUCAUCAAACAAACUCACAAUUACGUUCACUCGCCGUUCAUAUGUGUGCAUUCGAGCCGAAUACACCGGAAAACAUUCUCGCUACUUGUGGUGGUUACAAAGUAUGUUUUACCAAUUGUGAUGCAUGUGAAAUUACGCAUUUAUUUGAAAUUAAUACAUUGUCUUCUGUGAGCUCAUCGACCACAGGUCGAAAAACAAAGAAUAAAAAGAAAAUAACACAAAUGGAUCAUUUUACAUGUUUAUGUUGGAUAGAAAUUAAUCAUUCAAACGAAGAUCCAUUGAAAAUAUUGGCGGUUGGAGCAACAAAUGGUUCGAUCUAUCUCUUGCUACCGAAAUGGAAACUAAUGUUCGCACAUAUUGAGUUACCCAACUCGUCGAUCGGUUGUUUAACAUGGAGUUCAAACAACCCAUAUCUAUUAGCAAUCGGUUCCUAUCACACUGUACGAUUUAUUAAUAUUCGAUCUUACAUCGAUCGUGUGCAAUCGUUUAUACAUAAACAAAGUCAACCGACAACCCUUUUCGAUUGUGAUGACACGUCAAUGUUUGUCAACAAAGUUUCUACGACACAUGUUUAUAAUCUUUAUGAAGGAAUCGGUCCGCUGAUAAAUAUCACUGAUUUAUUGUUUUAUCCAUUAUCGAGGGACCGUUCUGUGCUUCUUGUCAGUACAACUUCAGGUCUUUUUCUUAUCGACUAUCAAGAAAAACAAUGCCAAUCACCUGUUCAACUUGCAUUGCCAAAAUCAAUUUGGGCUGUCAGCGAACAUAUUGUAUCUCUUCGUUUAAUCGCACAUCCGAUUCGUCUAGUUGCUCUAAAUAUACUCGAUCUCGACCAAAUUUAUUGUUUCAAUUUAGAACAAGCACUUGAAAGUCAACAAAUACAUAUUCAUCAUACAUUUUCAAAUCCUUAUCCACAAAGCACAGCCAAAUUAGCCGUGUUCUCCAAAGCGAACAUGGCAGCUGAAUGUAUCGUCAGUAGUCAACAGGGCGCAUUCUACUAUCAUCGAUUUCAAUCGAAUACACAUGACCAACAAGUGAAGAUAUUUAUUCUUCCAAAUAUUCUAUCAGCUGAUAUAAAUGAAUCUUAUCUCUGUUUAACGACAAACACGAAUCUCAUCUGUAUAUAUAAACGAUAA